UGCUAAACCAAAAGUUGAACCAUGGCUGAAUGACACCACUUGUGCUGUAAGGCAUAAGUGUAGGAGAGCUGAACGCAAUUGGAAAAAAAAAAAGACUACAGGUAUCUUCUGACAUUUUAAAGGAAAGUUUGCACAAAUAUCAAAAGACUGUUAAAACUGAAAAGUCUAAAUAUUUCUCAAAUAUUAUCUCUAACAGCUCACACAAGCCUCGUGUUCUUUUCAGUACUAUCAAUGCUGCUUUGAACGCUCCUCAAUCAACUUGUUUGGAGGUCUCUUUUGAGAUGUGUGAAAACUUUUUACAUUUUUUUAUUGACAAUAUUGCUGUUGUUAGAGCACACAUUUCAUCUUCUCCUGUUGAUUCAUCUAUCACCACUAUGUGCUCUGCUGUUUUUAACCAGUGUGAGCCUGUGUCUCUUUCUUUUUUGCGAGACAUCAUAGCUAAAAUGAAAUCAUCUACCUGUUGCUUAACUGCCACAAAGUCAGUUAAUAGCUGGUAACAAUCUACAACAAUAGCAUACUGCAGCAGCUAAUAAAUGUUAACAUAUAAACAUAAAUCUAGAUAGUCUAGACUCUAGAGCAAGUCAUAAACAUUAUUACUUUUUACAAAUUAUUUAUUUCAAAGGUACAGUAAAUUGAAAAAAAAAGCCGUGUACAUACUGAGAAAUCUUACAGUAAUUUCAUAAUAGGUCAGAUGAGUCUUCACCGUCGCCUGGAUGAGUAACCUAAACCUCAUAAUACAAACAUGAGCUCUCACUGUGCUAUAUUUAUGAUUUGUCCAUAUAUGAACAUGCUGUUUAUAACUUUCAGAGUCAUUAUAUCACCAUGAAAUAAUAUGUGUAUGUGCAGUGACCACUGAGGUUUAAUUGCCCAAUAAAAAUCUGCCAGAGAUAUUACUUUUUUUUUUUUUUUCAUUUUGAAGGACUGUUACAGUCCAUCUCUGGUAAUUCAUCUAGGUUUUAAUGGCCUGCUUGCCAAACUUCUCAAAUUGGUCAAGAGAAAAAUCUUUGCUCACAUUCCUUGUGAUCAAACUAGAUAUUACAUACAGUAAGCUCUUUGUGAUUUUGUAAAAUAAUUAAAUGUGUCCAAAAGUUGACAUUAUAUGCAAAUACUGUUUCUUGACUGUAUUUGUAAUUGAAGAGGAAAUAAUAUGGAUGCUAAAUGUCCAGAAACAAGUGUUAGAACUUGCUGAACACAGGAAUUUAUCUGGUAAAACAAAGGUAAGAAUGGUAAAUGACAUCAUGUGAUUUAGCAAUAUCAAUCGUUAUGUAAUAGAUAGUUGGCCAAAACAUAAGUUGUAUAUUACCUUUUAUCAAAAGUAAAAACCUUUAGUCAUCACAUUGUGUUAGUCAAGUCAAGUCAAGUCACCUUUAUUUAUAUAGCGCUUUUAACAAUACAGAUUGUGUCAAAGCACUUAACAGUAUCAAAUUGGAAGUUAGAGUGUCAGUAAUGUAUGAUGAUAAGAUUAAUCACUCAAUUUUCAGUUAAAGGCAUUUCAUUAUUGAAUUCAGAGAUGUCAUUGUCUAGCUCAGUUUAGUUUAAAUAGUAUCUGUGCAAUCAAAUCGACGAUAAUCGCUAGAAAUUAAGUGUCCCCAACUGAGUUAGUCUUGCGGUCACCUCUAGACUUAAAUAGCAGUGGCAGCUGACUGCUUCCUUAGAUCUGAACCAAGUUCCUCAUCUUUGCCAAGAUUGAAAUAAGACCCCAGUGACAUCGAAUUAAACAUUGUAAGCAAACAAAUACACACAACAAGAAAGCCUACAUUAAAAAAAAGAAACACAACAUGAAAAAAGCACGGACUGUAAAUUUUUUUAUACCAUAUAAGUGUAUUAUCCAAAUGUCUAUGAUUAAUGUGUUAUUGCUUUAUAAUUAAAACAUAUCAACAUCAUGAAUAUAAGUAUAGAAAGAGUGUUCAGCUGAUGUAAACCAUGAGAAUAAUUAAAAUAUCACAUGCUCCAGCAAACCAAAAAAAAACAAAACAAAUGAAGGACAACAUGUUGCUAUUUUCUACUAGGACUGAGAUGCAUCAUCACAAACCAAGUAGAAUAACAUGACCAAAUCCAGCUGGACAAUUUAGCUGAGUGUUCAGUAAAGACUCUAUAUAAAUGAGAGCCUCUGCGGCACAGUUGCCCAUCAAAGAAUCCUGAACUUGACAGCUGCAAUUUAUAUCGGAGCAUAAUACAAGUGAAGUACAAUCAUGGGAGAUGGUGAAAUGGAGUGUUUCGGCCCGGCGGCCAUUUACCUCCGGAAGCCAGAAAGAGAGCGACUCGAGGCUCAGAACACCCCCUUUGACGCCAAAUCAGCGUUCUUCGUGACAGAUCAAGCUGAGAUGUACCUGAAAAGUACUCUUGUUAGUAGAGAGGGUGGCAAAGCUACUGUCAAAACUCACUGUGGGAAAACUGUCACAGUAAAAGAAGAUGAAAUCUUCCCAAUGAAUCCUCCCAAGUUUGACAAAAUGGAGGACAUGGCCAUGAUGACCCACCUCAAUGAGCCUGCUGUGCUGUUUAACCUCAAAGAGCGUUACGCAGCAUGGAUGAUCUAUACCUACUCUGGCUUGUUCUGCGCCACUGUCAAUCCAUACAAAUGGCUCCCAGUGUACGACGCAAUUGUUGUGGCUGGAUACCGAGGCAAGAAGAGGAUUGAAGCCCCACCUCACAUCUUCUCCAUCUCUGACAACGCCUACCAGUUCAUGCUCACUGAUCGUGAGAAUCAGUCUGUCCUGAUUACUGGAGAAUCUGGUGCAGGAAAGACUGUGAACACAAAGCGUGUCAUUCAGUACUUUGCAACUAUUGCGAUGUCUGGUCCAAAGAAGGCAGAGCCUGUCCCUGGAAAAAUGCAGGGAUCACUGGAAGACCAGAUCAUUGCAGCCAACCCUCUGCUGGAGGCUUAUGGUAAUGCCAAGACUAUAAGGAACGAUAACUCCUCUCGUUUUGGUAAAUUCAUCAGGAUUCACUUUGGGACCACUGGUAAACUGGCCAAAGCAGAUAUUGAAACUUAUCUGCUAGAAAAGUCAAGGGUAACAUUCCAGUUGUCAGCUGAGAGGAGUUACCACAUCUUCUACCAGCUCAUGACUGGACACAAGCCAGAGCUGCUCGAGGCCCUGCUCAUCACCACCAACCCUUAUGACUAUCCAAUGAUCAGCCAGGGUGAAAUCACUGUCAAGAGUAUCGAUGACGUGGAGGAGUUCAUUGCCACAGAUACUGCCAUUGACAUUCUUGGCUUCACUGCUGAUGAGAAAAUCAGCAUCUACAAGCUGACAGGUGCUGUGAUGCAUCAUGGGAGCAUGAAGUUCAAACAGAAGCAGAGAGAGGAGCAGGCCGAACCAGACGGCAAUGAGGCUGCUGAUAAAAUUGCCUACCUCAUGGGCCUUAACUCGGCUGACAUGCUGAAAGCUCUGUGCUACCCCAGAGUGAAGGUCGGGAACGAGAUGGUGACCAAAGGCCAGACAGUACCACAGGUGAACAAUGCAGUCUCGGCUCUCUGCAAGUCUGUCUAUGAGAAAAUGUUCUUGUGGAUGGUCGUCCGUAUCAAUGAGAUGUUGAACACAACACAGCCUAGACAGUUCUACAUCGGUGUGCUGGACAUCGCUGGAUUUGAGAUCUUUGAUUUCAACAGCUUGGAGCAGCUUUGCAUCAAUUUCACAAAUGAGAAACUGCAACAAUUCUUCAACCACCACAUGUUUGUUCUGGAGCAAGAGGAGUACAAGAAAGAAGGCAUUGACUGGGAGUUCAUUGACUUUGGUAUGGACUUGGCUGCCUGCAUUGAGCUCAUUGAGAAACCAAUGGGAAUCUUCUCCAUCCUUGAAGAGGAGUGCAUGUUCCCCAAGGCUACAGACACAAGUUUCAAAAACAAGCUGCAUGAUCAGCAUCUGGGCAAAUGUGCAGCUUUCCAGAAGCCCAAGCCUGCCAAAGGUAAGGCAGAGGCCCACUUCUCUCUGGUGCACUAUGCCGGCACUGUGGACUACAACAUUGUUGGCUGGUUGGACAAGAACAAGGAUCCACUGAACGACUCUGUCGUGCAACUUUACCAAAAGUCAUCACUCAAAGUGCUGGCCCUCCUGUAUGCCGCUGUUGCAGGUGCAGAAGAGGGAGGUGGAAAGAAAGGAGGCAAGAAGAAGGGUGGUUCCUUCCAGACAGUGUCUGCACUUUUUAGGGAGAACUUGGGUAAGCUGAUGACUAACCUAAGGAGCACUCACCCUCACUUUGUGCGCUGCUUGAUUCCUAAUGAAUCUAAGACUCCAGGUCUGAUGGAGAACUUCCUGGUUAUCCACCAACUCAGGUGUAAUGGUGUCCUGGAGGGUAUCAGAAUCUGCAGGAAGGGUUUCCCCAGCAGAAUCCACUACGGUGACUUCAAGCAGAGAUACAAAGUAUUAAAUGCUAGUGUCAUCCCUGAGGGACAGUUCAUUGACAACAAAAAGGCUUCAGAGAAACUCUUGGGCUCUAUUGAUGUUGACCACACCCAAUAUAAAUUUGGACACACCAAGGUGUUCUUUAAAGCUGGUCUGUUGGGUACUCUUGAGGAGAUGAGAGAUGAGAAACUAGCAACGCUGGUUACCAUGACUCAGGCUUUGUGCCGUGGAUACGUCAUGAGGAAGGAGUUUGUCAAAAUGAUGGAAAGGAGGGAGUCAAUUUAUUCCAUCCAAUACAACAUCCGCUCAUUCAUGAAUGUGAAACAUUGGCCAUGGAUGAAGGUGUACUUCAAGAUCAAGCCUCUUCUGAAGAGUGCAGAGACUGAGAAAGAAAUGGCAGCCAUGAAGGAGAAUUAUGAGAAAAUGAAAGAAGAUUUAACAAAGGCAUUAGCUAAAAAGAAGGAGCUUGAGGAGAAAAUGGUGUCACUUAUUCAGGAGAAAAACGAUCUUCUACUGCAAGUAACAUCUGAAUCUGAAAACCUCUCUGAUGCUGAGGAGAGAUGUGAAGGUCUCAUCAAAAGCAAGAUCCAGCUCGAGGGCAAACUCAAAGAGACAAACGAGAGACUGGAGGAUGAGGAGGAAAUCAAUGCUGAACUGACUGCCAAGAAGAGGAAACUGGAGGAUGAAUGCUCCGAGCUGAAGAAAGACAUCGAUGACCUGGAGCUCACCUUGGCAAAAGUGGAGAAGGAGAAACAUGCAACAGAAAAUAAGGUGAAAAACCUGACGGAGGAGAUGGCCUCUCAGGAUGAGAGCAUUGCCAAGCUGACCAAAGAGAAGAAAGCUCUCCAAGAGGCACACCAGCAGACUCUUGAUGACCUUCAGGCAGAGGAAGACAAAGUCAACACUCUGACUAAAGCUAAGACAAAGCUUGAGCAGCAAGUGGACGAUCUUGAGGGCUCACUGGAGCAAGAGAAGAAGCUUCGUAUGGACCUUGAGAGAGCCAAGAGGAAGCUUGAGGGUGAUCUGAAACUGGCCCAGGAGUCCAUAAUGGACCUGGAGAAUGACAAACAGCAAUCAGACGAGAAGAUCAAAAAGAAGGACUUUGAGAUAAGUCAACUUCUCAGCAAGAUUGAGGAUGAACAGUCUUUGGGGGCACAGCUUCAGAAGAAGAUCAAAGAACUUCAGGCCCGUAUAGAGGAACUAGAAGAGGAAAUUGAGGCAGAACGAGCUGCUCGUGCUAAAGUGGAGAAGCAGAGAGCUGAUCUCUCCAGGGAACUUGAGGAGAUCAGCGAGAGGCUUGAGGAAGCUGGUGGUGCCACUGCUGCCCAGAUUGAGAUGAACAAGAAGCGUGAAGCUGAAUUCCAGAAGAUGCGUCGUGAUCUGGAAGAGUCUACCUUGCAGCAUGAAGCUACAGCUGCAGCUCUCAGAAAGAAGCAGGCAGACACUGUGGCUGAACUCGGAGAACAGAUCGACAACCUCCAGCGGGUCAAGCAGAAGCUGGAGAAGGAGAAGAGUGAAUACAAGAUGGAGAUUGAUGACUUGUCAAGCAACAUGGAGGCUGUGGCUAAAGCAAAGGCUAAUUUAGAGAAGAUGUGCCGUACCCUGGAAGACCAGCUGAGUGAAAUCAAGACCAAGAAUGAUGAAAAUGUUCGUCAGCUGAAUGACAUGAAUGCACAACGUGCAAGAUUUCAGACUGAAAAUGGUGAAUUUAGCCGCCAACUGGAAGAGAAAGAAGCACUUGUUUCACAGCUAACCAGAGGAAAACAGGCUUAUACACAGCAAAUUGAGGAACUCAAAAGACAUAUUGAGGAAGAAGUCAAGGCCAAGAAUGCUCUGGCCCAUGCGGUUCAGUCUGCCCGCCAUGACUGUGAUUUGCUCAGAGAGCAGUAUGAGGAGGAGCAGGAGGCCAAAGCUGAACUCCAGCGUGGAAUGUCUAAGGCCAACAGUGAGGUGGCUCAGUGGAGAACCAAAUAUGAGACUGAUGCCAUCCAACGCACUGAGGAGCUUGAGGAAUCCAAGAAAAAGCUUGCCCAGCGUCUGCAGGAUGCUGAAGAAUCCAUUGAGGCGGUGAACUCCAAGUGUGCCUCUCUGGAAAAGACCAAACAGAGACUGCAGGGUGAAGUAGAGGACCUCAUGAUUGAUGUGGAGAGGGCAAAUGCAUUGGCUGCCAACCUUGACAAGAAGCAGAGAAACUUUGACAAGGUCCUAGCAGAGUGGAAACAGAAGUAUGAGGAAGGUCAGGCUGAACUAGAGGGUGCUCAGAAAGAAGCUCGUUCUCUCAGCACUGAGCUUUUCAAAAUGAAGAACUCCUAUGAAGAAGCUCUUGACCACCUUGAGACCCUGAAGAGAGAGAACAAGAAUCUGCAACAGGAGAUUUCUGACCUCACUGAGCAGCUUGGAGAGACUGGAAAGAGCAUUCAUGAGUUAGAGAAAGCCAAGAAGACAGUGGAGUCUGAGAAAUCAGAGAUCCAGACUGCACUUGAAGAGGCCGAGGGCACCCUGGAGCAUGAAGAGUCUAAGAUUCUUCGUGUGCAGCUGGAGCUGAACCAGGUGAAGAGUGAGAUUGACAGGAAGCUUUCUGAGAAGGACGAGGAGAUGGAACAGAUCAAGAGGAACAGCCAAAGAGUGAUCGAUUCCAUGCAGAGCACUCUGGACUCUGAGGUCAGGAGCAGAAAUGAUGCCCUGAGAGUCAAAAAGAAAAUGGAGGGAGAUCUGAAUGAGAUGGAGAUCCAGCUGAGUCAUGCCAACCGCCAGGCUGCUGAGGCCCAGAAACAACUCAGGAACGUCCAAGGCCAACUCAAGGAUGCCCAACUGCACCUUGAUGAAGCUAUCAGAGGACAGGAGGACAUGAAGGAGCAGGUGGCCAUGGUGGAGCGCAGGAAUAACCUGAUGCAAGCAGAGAUUGAGGAGCUGAGAGCUGCACUGGAGCAAACAGAGAGAGGCCGCAAAGUGGCGGAGCAGGAGCUGGUGGAUGCCAGCGAGCGUGUGGGACUGCUCCACUCACAAAAUACAAGUCUUAUUAACACCAAGAAGAAGCUGGAGGCUGAUCUGGUCCAGGUUCAAGGUGAGGUGGACGAUGCAGUCCAGGAGGCAAGAAAUGCAGAAGAGAAGGCCAAGAAGGCCAUCACUGAUGCUGCCAUGAUGGCUGAGGAGUUGAAGAAGGAGCAGGACACCAGUGCUCACCUGGAGAGGAUGAAGAAAAACCUGGAGCUGACUGUUAAAGACCUGCAGCACCGUCUGGAUGAGGCUGAGAGUCUGGCCAUGAAGGGUGGAAAGAAACAGCUCCAGAAACUGGAGUCCAGGGUGCGCGAGUUGGAGGCUGAAGUUGAAGCUGAACAGAGACGUGGUGCAGACGCUGUGAAAGGAGUGCGCAAAUAUGAAAGGAGAGUGAAGGAGCUCACCUACCAGACUGAGGAAGACAAGAAAAACGUGACCCGACUGCAGGAUCUGGUAGACAAGCUGCAGCUGAAAGUGAAGGCCUACAAGCGCCAGUCUGAAGAAGCUGAGGAGCAGGCCAACACUCACCUGUCCAGGUACAGGAAGGUGCAGCAUGAGCUGGAGGAGGCUCAGGAGCGUGCUGACAUCGCAGAGUCCCAGGUCAACAAGCUGAGAGCCAAGAGCCGUGAGGCUGGAAAGACUAAAGAUGAAGAAUGAAGACAGGAAACUACACCUACAAACAAGCAUAUAAUAUGAUUGACUUGUGCUGAGUUCUCCCUUUGUCCAUUAAAAUGGCAAAUUUUGA